UGGGUGAAAGGAACCAGGCCCCUCCCUCUUGGCCCAGCGUGCAAGCUGCGCCCUCUUCAGCCGGUAGUCCUGGGUACAAGAAGUGAGCCGCCCGCGUCCCAGUUCUCAGCUGACGCUGGCUGCAUCAGGGAGGGAGUCGCUCAGAGAAGAUUCCAUAGAGUUUCGUGAGAGUCCCGCGCCAUCUCUACGGGGAGGGAACGCAGCGUAAGGCGGCCACCGGCGCUACCGGAGAGUGAAUACCGCUGUGAAACCGGAAGUGUCCCGGGAGGCGUCGCUUCCGGAAGUGUGGCAUCUCCCCACCACACCAGGAAGUGUGGUGCCGCCGCGGCUCCUGGAAGUGUUGCUGUCCACCCAGUUGAGAUGCGGGCUUGAAACAGGUGUUAAUGUGUCAUUGUUCGCGGAGACUCACCGGAGCGUCACCCUUCCGAAAGUGCCGGAGGGUGCAAGUAUUUGAUCAUGUUUUUGAAUGUUGCGUCCUGUCGAAAACUCUAGGGGAAUCCACAGCACUAGGAAUGUAUCUAGGGGGCCUGGCUCCCUAACGGCUUUUAAGAAGUUUUCUCUUGCUGCCCAUCACCCUCGAUUCCCCUUCUCCCCAGGGAUGUGCAAAUGGAGGCCGGAGGAGAUAGUGCUGUCCCAGCCCCCGGGGGCGUGGAGGACUUGGUGGACACGCAGUUCCCCAUUGAGGAGGCUGGAGACAGUGAAAGGGUUCACUCGAGCACGCCGGAUCCCGGAGAUGGGGACCCGGAGGACACAGGAUCCAAGGCCAAGGACCAGCCACCCAGCCUCCUGUCACCUUUGCCUCAGGCUGAGGCCCCAUCAAGCACUUGUGAGCACUGGAAAACUACAGCUUCAGAUGGCAGUCCCACUGGAGAACCUGAGGGUAGCUCUGAGGGCCAGGCAGAAGACCCCAGUGAUGGGGACCCCAAUGAUGGUGACCCCAGUGACGAGGACUGGCGCAGCCAAAGGAAGCACGUGUUUGUGCUGAGUGAGGCAGGCAAGCCCAUCUACUCACGGUAUGGUAGUGUGGAGGCACUGUCUGCCACCAUGGGUGUGAUGACAGCCCUUGUGUCCUUCGUACAGAGUGCAGGAGAUGCCAUCCGAGCCAUCUAUGCUGAGGACCACAAGCUGGUGUUCCUGCAGCAAGGCCCACUCCUGCUGGUGGCUGUGUCCCGAACUCCACAGUCAGCAGCACAGCUACGGGGUGAGCUGCUUGCAGUGCAUGCACAAAUUGUAAGCACACUGACUCGUGCAAGCGUGGCCCGCAUCUUUGCACAUAAGCAGAACUAUGAUCUACGUCGUCUGCUGGCUGGCUCAGAGCGCACACUGGACCGGCUCCUGGACAGUGUGGAGCAAGACCCUGGUGCCCUGCUCCUGGGUGCUGUGCGUUGUGUGCCUCUGGCCCGUCCACUGCGGGAUGCCCUGGGUACACUACUGCGGCGCUGUACAGCCCCAGGCCUGGCCCUGUCAGUACUGGCUGUUGGCGGCCGACUGAUAACAGCAGCCCAGGAGAGGAAUGUGCUGGCUGAGUGCCGACUGGACCCAGCUGAUCUGCAGUUACUGCUUGACUGGGUGGGUGCACCAGCCUUUGCAGCAGGUGAGGCAUGGGCACCUGUGUGCCUGCCUCGCUUCAACCCAGAUGGUUUCUUCUAUGCCUAUGUGGCCCGUCUGGAUUCCAUGCCUGUCUGCCUGCUGUUGCUUGGUACCAACCGUGAAGCUUUCCAUGCCAUGGCUGCCUGCCGGCGCUUGGUUGAAGAUGGGAUGCACAACCUUGGUGCCCUGCGUACCCUUGGGGAGGCUGCCAACUUCUCUAACGGGCCAGCAGCCAAUGCCCCUGCCUACAGUGUGCAGGCUGUGGGAGCACCUGGCCUCCGGCAUUUCCUCUACAAGCCACUGGACAUCCCUGACCAACACCGCCAGCUGCCACAGUUUACCAGUCCUGAGCUAGAGGCCCCAUACAGCAGAGAGGAGGAGCGACAGCGACUGUCCGACUUGUAUCACCGCCUGCAUGCUCGCCUGCAUAGCACCUCCCGGCCCCUGCGCCUCAUUUACCAUGUGGCUGAGAAGGAAACACUGCUGGCCUGGGUGACCUCCAAAUUUGAGCUUUAUACUUGCCUCAGCCCCCUGGUGACCAAGGCAGGUGCCAUCUUAGUAGUGACAAAGCUCCUGCGCUGGGUGAGGAAGGAAGAGGAUCGGCUUUUCAUCCGUUACCCACCCAAGUACUCCACACCCCCCUCCUCCUCGGUAGAGCAGGCCCCCAACAAUGGCUUGUUCUCUGGACUCUGAAUGACUGCUGGAGUGACCACAUUUGGCUUUCAAAUUCUGUCUCUACUCUGGAAAUGUGGGUAGAAGUCUGUGUGGGGCUGGUCCCCGUUUCCCCGGGCAGGUGGGCAAGAUCUCAGGGUUUGCCCACAAAUGGGAGAAGGGGCACAGGUUGUGCUCUGAGCCCCCUCAGGCACCUCCACACUUAAGAAAGUCGAAAGCCUCCUCUGCCUCACCUCCGUGACUAACCUGAAUGCCACUGUACCCUCUGUCAUUGGCAGCACAGGUUGCUGCAAUGUGCAUCUUCCAAGCAGACCUAAGACUGGGCCAAGGCUCCCCUCAGGGUAGGGGCGGGUAACCCACAAGGGCUCUAGAAUUUGGAACGCAGGGCUAGCCUAUGCUUGAAACCAGCCUAAGGAUGUUUGAAGAAAACUACAGAAAGGGCCUAAAGUUGAAUCCCACACGACGUUCUUCUGUCCUUGGUGUCCUUUUUUUCCUCCACCAUUUUUCCCUACUUUAAAAAAACAAACAAGCCCCACCAAUUCGGGCCGUUUCUUACAUUAAUAAGAAGGUUGCCUCCAGUGUCUACCUGUGUAACACAUGCCACAUGACUUCACCCAGCGGCCGGCCGGGAUGCAGCUUUGUGAAGACGCUCCUAUCCUCUAAGGCUUCUACUUGAGAGAGAGCUUUCUUUAGGCCCUUUUAGUGGAGACCUGUGAACUGUGAAGGAGACAGGGCUUGGAACUCUAUUGCCAUUUGUUCUGGACGUUGGCCGCUGGCAGCAGCAACCUAAAGGAGAAGAACCUUUGAAGAGUUUGUACGCACAACCCUCCUCAACAGCCCACUACCCUGCUUCCAGCCUUUUUUAGCAAUAUGGCUCUGUGGUUGUGCGCAUGCGUGCUAACUAUCAGUUGCGUUGCAGAUGUCCUGCGCUUGCUCAGAGCAGAUACCUGUGUUGCCCCACCCCCUGGUUUCCUGCAAUGGUUGUAGUGGCACGUGCUGCUUUUCCCUGUUUUCCACUUUUCUAUGGCACAUGCGCAGAUGCCCCACAUUGGGAAAUGGCUGCGGAGCUGGAGCCUUUGAUGGCGGAGUGGCUGGGACCUGAGGAGGCUGAGGAUGCCGGAGGUAGUGGGGGCCCACAGGGUAGAAGGGAGAGAGGCUUUGGCCCAUUAAAAUAAUCGAGAGUAAUUUUUUUAGAAAAAAAAUGUUUUUAGCCUAUUGAAUUUUUUAACUUCCACACAGUGGAAAUAAAUAACAUGCCUGUUCUCAUCACCUAGGUUAACUUGCCACCUUUAUUGACCCAAUUAAAUACUUAAAUAGUUCAUUUUAGGACCCGUUACUAAACAAAUCGGGAAGGGAUAGUGACAUUGUCACAAAAACUGUAACAAAUCCCUGUUGCCGCACAGCCGAGGGAAGGAAGAACUGAUGUCAUUCGCGGCCAGCCUAGAUGAUUACUGCAGGGAUUCUUUUCCAGGCCCUUGAGAAUGGUUUUCUCAGUUUUCAAAUUUGUUGUGACUUAAGUCGUGACAGCUUCUCCCCUCAUUGGGGACAAGGAACUGGAGUCCAGCCUAGAAAUACUGGAAACUGCAGUUCUUUGAAAAUAUCUUUCACAGUAAAUCCACCCGAAGAACAUUUUUUGUUUUGAUUAUAGAAAGUUCCCAAACAUUGUGCAGUAGAGAAAAUAGCAUGACCAGUGACCCGGACUGUGCUUCAACGGGUGUUCAAACUUUGUCUUUGUAUCUAUACCCACCUUCCCUUCCCGAGCACCAGGUCUGUCACUACAUGACCAAACAUGGGAGGCGGCAUCUUGCCAGACCUGUCUAUUCAGAUUCCAAAACAAUGGGUGUGACCUUCAAGAACUGCAGUUUCCCCGGGCACCCGGGCACCCGAAACACCUACUUGGUGCUUGGUACACAGUGAUUUUUUUUUUCUUUUUUCAAAUGGAUGAAUAAUGAAAUCGUUUUAACAGAAUUUGUCUUAAAUUGCAGCCACAUGUUGGGUGCCAGUUUUCAAAGAAUAAAAAUCAGACAGCAACGAACCACACUUUAUUAAGCAUUUGCUACAGUGCCACAGAGAUUUGAAAACUUAGCAUCAGCCUCAAUGUUUAAGUAAUGAGGGACUUCACUGAGGGACUCAACUAGAGGAAGUUGGAAGGCAUAUCAGGUUACAUUUCUUAGCCAUUGAAUUGGGCGUAGGGGGAUAAUUCUUAGCGCCAGUGGCAUCCAGGCCUUCUGGUGGAGGCUUAUGGUUUUAGCAGAUGGCCUUCCACAUCAGUAGCCCCCAUGCUAGGUAAUCACAGAAGAUUGAAUACACAAACACCAAUGGACCAAGGGUAGGCAGUGGUGACUUAUGACAGAUACAAGAAGUGAUCACAAAAGUGACCAAAUUAGGGAUAGCCGUGAAGAUUGUAGAUUUUUUAAAGAGGCGAAGAAACAAUUUUCAGUUGAUAUAAUUGUUCAUUUAUAAAAAAAUGGACCGCAGAAGUUUAAUUUUUAUUAUGGAAUAGUUGGGAUUGAAACAAGAAAGGAAGGGGGUGUCAAGGAGAGCCGCUUGGAAAGCGAGGUAAGCACACUUUGAUAACUGGUUAAGGGCCUUGGAUUGGGGAGGGAAGCAAAAUGGAGGUCUUUUGUGAUUCAUUGUUUUAUUUAUCACUUAGAAAAAUAGGUAGUAAUAUGUAAUUUAAAGUAUAAGAAGGAAAGGGAAAGGUGAGCAGCACCUGAGGAUUAUACAUUAACAUUGGAGCAAUGAUAACUCCCAGAUUUUAAUGGCGAUUGUGCAGUUACUUGGAGUCUCUGUAUAUAGGAAAUAUGCACUGGAAUAUUAAAUAUUAAUGGGCCAUACUAUCUGCAACUUACAGUUGAAAAACACUCAAAACAUGGAGGCUCUGAUAGAGUACCACAGCCUAUUUCUACGACUUUUGUGUACAUCUGAAAUAAUUUCAAAAUAAAAUGUUAAAAGGGGA